AUGGCCGGAAGAUCCCAACGACCAUCAACCGAUCCAAUCGAGGCAGCUCAAGCAGCUGGCCUCUUUACUCCGUCACUCGAUCAAAUACGGCCAGAUAGCCUGAGGAAUCUCCAAAGUUUUUUCCCCCAUGGAAACACAAUUGAUCCGCUACCUGCUGCCCUGUCGGCGCUAAUCAAAUCCAAAGCUGAAGGUCGAAAAAAACACGAACUGCCCAGGCAUUUCUUUGCGAGAAUCUUCAAGACGCUCAUCCCAGUGCUUAAGCAAGGACGAGUGACGCACUGGUGGGAGGACAAAGAACAUUACCGCGGUCUGGUACCCUUCCGUCUGGACCGAGACCUUUUACCCCGAUUACGUCGCAGAAUCGCUGAACUUCCUCAAGUCAUGUACCCGACCAAGAUGAAAUCCGAGGCACUAGUCCGAGCAGCAAGUCAACAUCUCCACCAGAUCUCGAUCGAUGCAACUCAGCUCAAGAUCUCGGUUUGCUUGAGUUGGGAUCCAUCCAAGUCUAAAGUAUCUGAGGACAAGCUCAUCGACUUGCCCCUCUACUACUACCCCGAUCUGCCCUGGGGAAUCGACCACGUCCGGGAUUCGAUUGCCGAACUUUUUGAAACUUACACCAAGUCAACUGGAGCCGGUAUGGUUCCAGUGAAAAACCAAGAAGAGAUACACUUGCUUCUGGCAUUGAUAGAUGAAAUGAUUCGCGACCUAGAAUCACCCCGAUCGGCGAUGCAGACCAAGUGGCGAUUGUUUACCAGAGAGAUCGAAAUAAUGGACCACACGCUCAACAAAUGUCUGAAACCUGAGAAAGUUCGAAUCAGUAACCCGCUCGAAGGUCUCGAGGACCAAAAACAUCUCGAAAUUGAUCAAUGGCGCCCACGAGAACAGAUGGCCCCGCACGAAGUCCGAUACGUCGAAAGCACUCUCCCAAUCUUCAGACUUUCUCGAAUGCUCUUGAACAAGCUGUCCAGACCGACCAACACCGACUCUCUGACCGCAAGAAUGACUCUGGAGGAGUUGAACGCGAUUUAUCUGACCACGGACAGGAUCGAGGAAGAUUUGCGUGUGCUUGCCCAGCUCACAUUGCAAGUUCGUCGAAGACACGGCGGUCACUGUCUGAGGGUCAAUGCGGAACGUAUCAAGAAAAUCCUGCCACUCCUCAAGAAGCACUUCGACUCGCUGGGGCCCGAAGUCGAUCAAGCCGAAAUUAAGCGGGGCAAGCAAUGGUGUCAGAGUUGGCAGACCCAUUACGAUCUCGCCGUCGAGAAGUGUCUCGAAUGUUGCGGCUUUAACGACACUGACCAGUGGGAAACCGACGACAGCGAGGAUGAUGAAUGA